UUUCGAGUCAUCCCGAUCCGAUUUUGUCCCGAUCUUCGCGUCGCUUUAUUCUCUCCCAGAUCCCCCUCUCGUCAUCCGCCCCGCCGUGGCCACCCAGCUGCCUCAGGGCGGCUCUCGCCUCCGGGGGGCGGCCCGGAGCGCGUGCCGACCGCGACCGCGCGGCGCGCCGGCCAUGCCGCACGCCCCCCGACCGGCGCGGCCGAGGGCCUCGCCAGGGCCGGCCGUGGAGGACGACGGCCUCCUGCCGGGGGGGGCCUCGCCGCGGGUGCCCCGGCUGCUGCUGCCGGCCUCGCCGCGGGUGCCCCGUGGAGGACGACGGCCUCCUGCGGGGGGGGCCUCGCCGCGGGCGUCGAGGUCCGAGCGCGAGGGGCUUUCGUGGCUUUCGCCGCGGGGCGCCCUGGCGAGAGUCCUGCCGGGGGGCGCCGCGGCGCGCGCGGCGGCGGGCGCGCAGCCGCACCCAGUGCGCCUCUCGCCGAGAGGCGGCGGCGGCAGGGCCCAGCCGUGGUUUCUGUCGCCGAGGAGCUGGGGGAGGGGCUUCUGGGCGGGCUCGCCGAAGGACCUGCGGCGAGGCUCGGCUUCGCCCUCGCCGAGUGUCUCAUGGCACCAGCUGCCGGAAGACGGUGACGACCUGUCCGGCGAGCGCCCCCAGGGGGGGCGAGCCCGGUGCCGCCCAGCUGUGCGGCUGGGCCAGCUGCCACCAGCCUGUCCGACAUCGUGCUGUCCCUGAUGCCGGCGUCGGUCACGGGCCUGCUCUUUUCCUUGUGCCUGGAUGUCGAGAACGGAGAAACUGCAUAAGUAUACACACGUAAACUUUCGGAGGUUCGCGCGGAUUUCUUAGGUCUGGGCUGGGCCCCCCUGGCGGCGCGUCUGCCUCAGGGAAGGGGUUCCAGCUCAGAUCCAAGAAAUCAGCGCGAAUCUACGAAAGUUUCUGCUGUCUCUCCUUCCUUCAAGGAUUGGAAGAAGCCCGACACGCCUGGCUCCCAGAUGGGGCGCUCUGAGGCCACCUGGAAGCUGUCGGACCUUGAGCUCGGUGCCACGGUCGGCGUCGGAAGCUUCGGCCGCGUUCGCGUGGCGAAGGUGAAGGACAGUCCCGAGACCACACCCAUGGCCCUGAAGAUCACCCAUAAGGCAACGCUGAUCAAAAAGAAGAUGGUGACUCAGAUCAAGGACGAGAUCAAGGUGCUCCGCAUGGUAAACCAUCCAUUUCUAGUCAGACUCAGGGCGUGCUGGCAGGAUGAGAGGUCGAUGUACAUGCUGAUGGACUUCGUCAACGGUGGGGAGCUGUCCACCGUGAUCAAAAAGUGGAAUAUACCACAGAUGCAGGGGCAGCUGUGGGUCGCAGAGCUGAUCCUUGCAAUCGAGCACAUGCACUCGAAGAAGGUGGCGCAUCGGGACGUCAAGCCUGAGAACGUGUUGCUGGAUAGACUGGGCCACUUGGUGCUCACGGACUUCGGUUUCGCCAAGGUGGCCGACCCGCUUCUGUGGACUAAGUGCGGGACCUACGAGUACAUGGCACCAGAGGUGGUCCAGAGAACGGGGCAUGGGUGCGCUGUGGACUGGUGGGCAUUGGGCGUCCUAACAUAUGUGUUGUUCGCGUGCGACAUGCCCUUCCACGCUGACACGAAAGAGGGCACUUACAAGAAGAUUGUGAAGGGCGAGUACAGUAUUCCGAGACACUUACCGGCCGAGGUCCAGGAUUUGAUCAGGAAUCUCUUGAAGGAAAGGUCGCAGCGAUUAGGAUGUAUGGAGGAAGGCGUCGCGGGCAUCAAGAAGCACCCAUGGUUCAGCACAAUCGACUUCGACGAGGUUCUUCACCAAAGAGUUCCGAGCCUCUGCCGUCCCAGAGUGAGUUCCGCAGAAGACACGUCGCGGUUCAAAACACACUCGGAGAGCGAUUUCGACGACCCGCCGGCCUUGUCGGUGGAGCAGCAGGCAUUGUUUGAUUUCGAUGUCUGCGAAGGCCGCACGAGUUGGGACGAAUCCAGUGAGCGGUUUCUGCCAGGCUACGGAUGUUGCAGCAUUGGUGGCCGUAAGCAGGACCUGGUGGAGUUCGCCGAGGUCAACCACUCUUGCUCAUGACUACCAGGUUGAACCCCAAACAGUCCUUCCAAGAUUUCCUUGUUUUUGUUGAGCUAUGUAUAGUUUUUCUGGAAAGCGCGGCAGUCUUUCCAGCUACGUUCGGUGACCCGCUUGUCACGUUCUGAAUGUGCGUGUGCGGAGCGGCCUGAGUGUUUGCUUGGUCUUCCUCAUAUUAUUCCCAGCCUCCCCAUCAUCGUUUCUCCCUGUACUCGCACUUUCGUUCGAGUAUUUUCGCGAGAUAGACUGCAGUAGGAGCCAUGCAGUCCUUUUGCCACAAUGACAAUGGGCUUUGUCAGGCCAAGCUGAUGCAUGCCCUCACAUGGCACUAUCUUGUAAGCAUCUUAGAUAUGUUGGCGACUUGUUUCCGAUGUUUAACGAACUUCGCCACGCUUCGCAGCAUCUGUCCUAUGCCAAGCACGUGCAGUGCUCUUUUCCCGUGCAGAGAUCUGUCGAAGGAUGGUAACCAUUCGUCGUCCUCUCACCCGCUCUCCUCCGUAGCGUUAUCUUUUGCCUCGCCAGGCGCCUUCCAGUUGUCGUGCCGCACGCGACUGGCAGCUUUGUGUACAGUCCCUGUGUCUGCCAGAGGAUGGAUCUCGUUCCAGCGAAAAGACGCUCGUUCGAGCGAAAAAGUAAUCUGUUCAAGCGAA